UCGACAGUGCAUGAACUGUAACCGUAUGGCGCAGACUGACUGCGAAUGUCCGUGUGAAUGCUCCGUUGAUGUGGAUGUGUGUCUUAGUAAGUCUUACCAGAAAGCUGCUCCGCCAUGUCCCAAUUAUGCCGAACCAUUCCCUCCUGGCAUCAAACCUAGUUCCUACUACUCACUUUUGGCCAAAGUCGAACCAUGCACCAACUUUGACUGCAAACGUUUCACCAAUUACAAAGACUGCAUGGGAACUGUGGGUUGCGAAUGGUGCACUACUGAUCAGGAUGGAUUUACACCUUUAACUCACCCACAAUGCACCGUUCAAGCUGUCUGUUUCAAUGGCAUCAGAAACUCGCAUUUCCCGUACGGAAGCACGAUAAGCGGCGCAUAUGUCUCGUGGGUGAACAGUGAAAAGAAUUCCACAUCGAACUCAUUGCUAAUUCUUCUAGUCAUUAUUGCGAUACUGUUCUCACUGGCACUCAUGAGCUACUGCUAUUUGAAUAGAGCGCAAAUCAAUCACAUGGAUAAUAAUCAGCAAUUGAAUAUAUAUACCGCUGACAGGAGAUAUAUAAAAUUCUCUGAAGAGCCGUCUACAGAUCACAACAACGUGCUACUGCAAAGUGGUGUGCAAGAGGUGGUGAAUGACGUGGGCUCUAUCGCCCAAUCGCCCUACAGCAACACUAUCAGCAAGACAGCGCGCAGACCUGUCAUCGCGAUACCUGCUCCGUCGGAGAGUGACGACCACGGAUACUCGACAAUGGCAUCCACCACUGUUGACGAUGUCUCCCCUCCACCUACCCAUCACACCAUGCUCAGACCUCACCAGUUCCGGGUGCCUGUCAUUGUGCACCGGGCCCAUUGAGCCCCGUUGGGCCCCUUUACUCUAUACUGGGUUCACUAAUUCACAUACAUUGUACUGUAUGCCCAAUUUGCUUAGUGAAAAAAUAGCAUAUCUUGUUAUCUUAUGUU